ACCGGCCUUAUUUAUCCCGUCCGACCCCACCAUCUUCCUCCACGGUCGCACCCCAGGAACCCCGGACCGAGUUCAGAGCCAAACAGGCUAUCGGUAGCGACGCCGAUCGCUGUAUCACCCGCCGUGCGCCAUCCAACCCGCAUCUAUCUCGUCAGCCCAAACGCCCAAAACCUGCGGCUUGAUAAAGCCCGCAUGCCUAGACUCUGACGCCGCAAGCUGCAUUUACACUCGUUUGGUUCCUCGUAGCGUUUUGCGCGUGCGUCGUUUCUCUUUCGUAAGAGUUGAGGGAAGGAUAGAAGCAAGAUGAAAGCAAGAUUGAGGAAUGUAUUCUCGCACUCCGCGCCCCGCUGGGAGCCAUCAGACAUCCGCUCAGAAGACCCGGGGCAAAGAUCGAACUCAGACGCACGCCACACACCCACGAAUACCAAAGACAAACCCAACAAACGCAUAACCUUCCACAUCAAGUCCUUAUCUUCGACUACAUUUGCAACCCCAAAUCAAAACACUCAAUUGCUCAAGCCCCGCAAGUCAGCAAUAAGCUUGACGUCCAUCCCGGACUCGGAGCUCGACGCGCGCACAAACUUCCAAUGGCAGUCAACUUUCUUCGCGCAGUUACCACUGGAGAUUAGGCGCAUGGUGUACGGGUACUUGUUUGAGGGCGAGACGAUCCAUCUGAUGGUUGGUGACAAGAAGGAUAAGCUGGGCCGAAAGGAAACGAAGUUUGGGAACUUCAUAUGCACGCAAGAGCAUAUCGGGCAGUGCACGUGUCGUGUUGUCGUUGCGAGGAGUCCGCUGGAGACGAGUUUGCCGCAGUUGGAAAUCGGGCAUUUGAGUCUGGUAAGGAGCUGUAGGAGGAUGUACUCAGAGUGCAUCUAUUAUUUGUAUGCGCACCACACCUUCUCCCUCCUCCACGCAACCCAUCUCCUCGCCCUCCCAAAACACAUCCCCGAACAGCGCCUCAACACCAUCCAGCACCUGCGCCUGCGGUGGCAGAUCCGAGCCCUUCCCUAUCUCCGCCGCGGAAAUUCCUCCAAGUACGCAUACCGCGAGGACACAGAGAACUGGGAAAGGGGCUGGGAAAUCCUGGCCAGCAUGAAGGGGCUGAAGACAUUGAGUGUCAUGCUGGUGGAUCCGAGUCAGCACGGGAUUUGGGAGAAUAAUUGGUUGGAGUUGGAGGGGGUUAUUCUGGAGCCGGUUAAGAAGGCCAGGGUGGCCGAGUUCGAGGUCGUGUUGCCGUAUGCAAGUUGUGAUACGGAGAGGGAUAUGGGAAGCUGUGGGGUUAGGUUGAGGAGGCCGGAUGAGGGGGAGGAACAACCCUAGGUCCUUGGUAAGAAUAAGAGCGUUCGGCGAGGAAUGCAGAGGGCUGUCGAAGUCUGAUG